CCCUCCCGUGCCCCCCGCGGGCCGGGCCCCCGCACCCUUUGUCCCCGAGGCCAUGGAGCCGCGCAGCCAGUUUCGAAGCCCUGAUUCCUUCUCCAUCUUACCUUCGGUUGAGUGUGAUCUUCUACCAUGCGUCAUUCCAGCAGGCCAAAGAAUAUAAUGGACCAAGAAUCUGGGAGGAGCAGGAAAGGGGAAGAAUUGGAAAUAACUUGUAUCAAACUCUCCCCCUGAAUGUGGAGGCGUCGCGAGGGGAGAUUCAUCCACAAACUGAUUGUGUGUCCAACAGAACUACAAGUCACGUUGAUUAUCGGCAUUUAAAAAGAUGGUCACUCCGCUUCACGGUUUCAAUCUUUCUUCAUUGGAGAGUGGAAGAGUCUGUGUAAAUGGAACAGCAUGGAUUUGGCAUCUCUUGGAAGAAUGUGUAGAUAAUGCUUGGGAAUACUGGAGUGUGAUCUUAGGGCUGAUUUCUAUCAUCUGUUUUUUGUUUGCUGCACUACCACAACUUUAUGUUGCGUACAGAAAUGGGAAAGUGGAUGAAGCUCUUUCUCUUAGCUUUUUGCUGUGCUGGAUAGCUGGGGACCUCACAAAUUUCAUUGGCUGCUAUUUAACCAACCAGUUACCAAUUCAGAUUUUUACUGCCAUUUGUUAUGUCAACAUGGAUGUCAUUAUGAUCUCGCAGUUUGGCUACUACAAGUUAAAGAACCGGAAGAUGAAAAAUUGGAGUGGAAGCCUUAAGACUUGCUGUGGUGCCUGGAUUGUAGGUUGUAUGUUAUUGUCAGUGAUAAUACCAAGUCAGUUCCUGCUGACAAACCAGAAGCAAAGUCCAGCAUUAGAAGCCAAUAAGGAUCCUCAUGGUAUCAUCAAAAUGUCUGGCUUUAUUUGUGGCUAUAUAUCUUGCGUAUUUUAUUUGGGAUCUCGGUUUCCUCAACUGUAUAAGAAUUUCCGAAGACGAUCAACAGAAGGCACGUCGUAUCUGUUGUUUGCAUUAGCCAUGUCAGGAAAUUGUACUUACGGACUUGGCCUUGUUUUAAAGUUACCUUCAUCUGACUCUCAGAGGACCAUCUUCUUAUUUCAUCACCUUCCCUGGUUUAUUGGAAGCUUUGGAGUUCUGUUCCUUGAUUUUUUUAUGACUGCUCAGUUCGUUUUAUACCGCAAACAGAAGCCAAGACGACCCAGUCUGCUGAUGCUGGAAGUAGAGCCUUUACUGAUCAACCAGGAGGAAUCCUAAAGCGGCUAGCUGAUGGAGCGGUAUUCAGCAGAUGCAAUAUACUAAGAAAGGUGAUUUUUGAAGACUCAUUUUCUGUUUUUGGCUCCCUAAAUAUUUACAGGAUAGAAGAUUAAAGUCACUCUGACCAUU